AUGGAUAGCAAGAACAUUCAGAAAAAUGCGAUGCAUAAAAGUGCAGAAUUCAAUUUUACGCCACCUCCUGAAGCACCCGUAUUUGAGCCUACGCCCGAAGAGUUCUUGGAUCCGCUGGGAUAUAUAGCAAAAAUACGCCCAGUUGCUGAGAAAACUGGUAUAUGCAAAAUAAAGCCCCCGUCACGCUGGCAGCCACCUUUUUCAUUAGACGUGGACAAAUUAAAAUUUGUCCCUAGAAUACAAAAAGUUAACGAGUUGGAGGCCAUUACGCGUUUGAAAUUAUUGUUUCUUGAAAAGAUAUUAAAAUUUUGGGACCUGCAAGGAUCACCAUUGAAAAUUCCCAUGAUUGAAAACAAAACUCUGGAUUUAUAUUGUCUUAAGUUUUGGGUUGAUGAAGAAGGUGGCUUUGAAAAUUGUAACAACUCGAAAAAAUGGCGAAAGAUUGCUACAGCCAUGGGUUACAGUCAGAGCACAAAUACUAUGGUUUUUCUCAGGAGCAAUUAUGAAAAAAUAUUGUUACCUUAUGAAAUCUUUGAAAAUAGUAAAGCUGAUAUUUUUAAAUCUGUAAAGAAAACAGAACUAAAAGCUGAAACAAAAGAUGAAGGAGAUGGAAAAGUGUUGAUUACAGAAAUACCAAUUGAAUCAAUUACAAGUACAAUGAAAAUCAAGCAUGAUUUUGAUGUUAAAGAUGAAAAACCUCACACAAGUAUUAAAAAGACAAAGACAGGAUCAGAUAUUAAAUUAAAUAUUGAAAAUAUUCAUAGUACCCCAGAGAGCGAACAGGUGAGACGCAGUAGAGAGUUGAGGCGGUUAGCUUGCUAUGGUCCAGGACCAAAGAUGCCUGGUUUAAAUGAUGAGGAGUUUGAUAUUACAAAAUCAAGGAAGAGACCCCGUUAUGAUCUUGAUCCUUUAGCUAUCUAUCAAUGUGCUAUUUGCCAAAAAGACCAUAGAGAUGAUUUACUAUUAAUUUGUAAUGGUUGCUCUGACACAUAUCAUACAUUUUGUUUGAAGCCACCUCUUAGCUCAGUACCUGAUGGAGAUUGGCGGUGUCCAUGUUGUAUUGCAGAGGAAGUUCACAAGCCUGCCGAGGCUUUUGGCUUUGCUCAAGCUGAAAGAGAAUACACAUUACAGCAAUUUGGAGAGAUGGCUGACAAGUUUAAAUCAGAUUAUUUUGGCAUGUCUGGACACUUAGUUCCAACAACUGUGGCUGAAAAAGAAUUUUGGAGAAUUAUUUCCUCAGUGGAAGAAGAUGUGACAGUGGAAUAUGGAGCAGACCUUCACUCAAUGGAUCAUGGUUCAGGCUUCCCUACAAAAUCAUCCCUCAAUUUAUAUCCAGGUGACCAAGAGUAUGUUGAUUCAGGAUGGAAUUUAAAUAAUUUACCAGUACUAGAUGGGUCAGUUCUUAAAUUUAUCAAUGCUGAUAUAUCUGGAAUGACUGUACCUUGGAUGUAUGUUGGUAUGUGUUUUUCAGCGUUUUGUUGGCAUAAUGAAGAUCAUUGGAGUUACUCUAUAAAUUAUUUACAUUGGGGUGAAGCUAAGACUUGGUAUGGAGUACCAGGCAGUGGUGCAGAGCUGCUUGAAACUGCUAUGAAAGCAGCAGCACCUGAUCUCUUUAAAACACAGCCUGACCUAUUGCAUCAGUUAGUGACCAUAAUGAACCCAAAUAUUUUAAUGGCAGCAGGUGUACCAAUAUACAGAACUGACCAAAAUGCAGGGGAGUUUGUUGUCACUUUCCCUAGAGCCUAUCAUGCAGGCUUCAAUCAAGGAUAUAAUUUUGCUGAAGCUGUUAAUUUUGCACCUCCUGAUUGGUUAAAAAUUGGCCGUGAGUGCAUAACACACUAUAAAAACCUUAAAAGAUUUUGUGUUUUCUCUCAUGAUGAACUAAUAUGUAAGAUGGCACUGGAAGGUGAUCGCUUGGAUUUGGAGACAGCUCUGGAAACUCAAAAAGAACUAGUAAGGGCCACUGAGGAAGAAGGUUCGUUGAGAGCUUUAAUAGCUAAGAAAGGUUUAAAGAGUGUCCGUAGGACAGCUUUUGAGCUACUUGGAGAUGAUGAAAGGCUCUGUGAGGUGUGCAAGACUACAUGUUUUUUAUCUUCAGUAGCAUGUAGCAAUUGUAAGCAUAUGGUAUGCUUGCAGCAUGCAGAUGAUCUUUGUCAAUGUGCUUUGGACAAGAAAACUCUAAACUAUCGCUAUGACAUGGAUGAAUUACAUAUUAUGUUACAAACUAUAGAUUUUAGAGUUAAUAGUUUUGAUAAAUGGAUGACAGAGACCAAGAAUAUAUUGCUUCCUACGGCCCCUGAUAUUGGGCGGCUCCAAAAGUUGAAAAUUUUGAUAGAUGAAGCUGAAGAACUUAAAAUACCAAAGUGUGCCCUGCUAGCACAGUUACGAGAAGAAUAUGCAAAGGCAACACAUAAUGUUGAACCAAUUAUAAUAGAGUUAGAUGAUGAUUAA